UUUGCAGCCAUGCUGAAUCACUGUUGCUGAUCAGAUCUCCCGCUGGUUGGCUGGGAGAACCGAGAACAGGGCUAGGAUCCUCCAGUGCAUGCACAGCUCAGCGGCUGCCACCCUGGCUGGGCCUCACACAAUGGACGGUGAAAGCAUCAAGCUGAGCUCCCAGCCCCCAAUACAGGCUGGGGAUGACGAAAAGAACCAGAGGACGAUCACUGUCAACCCUGCCCACAUGGGGAAGGCGUUCAAGGUUAUGAAUGAACUGCGGAGCAAACAGCUAUUGUGUGACGUGGUGAUUGUGGCAGAAGAUGUUGAGAUAGAAGCCCACCGUGUGGUCCUGGCAGCCUGCAGCCCCUACUUCUGUGCGAUGUUCACAGGUGACAUGUCUGAGAGUAAAGCCAAGAAGAUAGAAAUCAAGGAUGUGGAUGGGCAGACCCUGAGCAAGCUGAUUGACUACAUCUAUACGGCUGAGAUUGAGGUGACUGAAGAGAACGUCCAGGUGCUGCUCCCAGCAGCCAGCUUGCUGCAGCUCAUGGAUGUUCGCCAGAACUGCUGUGACUUCCUGCAAUCUCAGUUGCAUCCCACCAAUUGCCUGGGUAUCCGCGCGUUUGCAGACGUGCACACCUGUACCGACCUCCUGCAGCAGGCCAAUGCUUAUGCAGAGCAGCACUUUCCAGAGGUGAUGCUGGGGGAAGAAUUUCUUAGCCUAAGUCUGGACCAGGUGUGCAGCUUGAUAUCCAGUGACAAGCUGACCGUUUCUUCAGAAGAGAAGGUAUUUGAAGCUGUGAUUUCAUGGAUCAAUUACGAGAAAGAAACCCGUUUGGAGCACAUGGCAAAGCUGAUGGAACACGUCCGUCUCCCUCUCUUACCAAGGGAUUACCUUGUCCAGACAGUUGAAGAAGAAGCUUUGAUAAAGAAUAACAACACUUGUAAGGACUUCCUCAUCGAGGCCAUGAAAUAUCAUCUGCUCCCUCUGGAUCAGAGGCUCUUGAUUAAAAACCCAAGGACCAAGCCCAGGACUCCAGUUAGCCUGCCCAAGGUCAUGAUCGUGGUUGGCGGCCAGGCACCCAAGGCCAUCCGCAGUGUGGAGUGCUAUGAUUUUGAGGAGGACCGGUGGGAUCAGAUUGCCGAGCUCCCCUCCAGGAGAUGCAGAGCAGGUGUGGUGUUCAUGGCUGGCCACGUGUACGCCGUGGGCGGGUUCAAUGGUUCACUGCGUGUGCGGACAGUGGACGUGUAUGACGGGGUGAAGGACCAGUGGACGUCCAUCGCCAGCAUGCAGGAGCGCCGGAGCACGCUGGGAGCAGCUGUGCUCAACGACCUGCUCUACGCUGUCGGGGGCUUUGAUGGCAGUACUGGCCUGGCAUCGGUGGAAGCCUAUAGCUACAAGACCAACGAGUGGUUCUUCGUGGCCCCAAUGAACACACGGCGGAGCAGUGUGGGUGUGGGUGUCGUAGAGGGGAAGCUAUAUGCCGUUGGGGGUUAUGAUGGGGCUUCCCGCCAGUGCCUGAGCACCGUGGAGCAGUACAACCCAGCGACCAAUGAGUGGACAUACGUGGCAGACAUGAGCACUCGCCGCAGCGGUGCAGGGGUUGGGGUCCUCAGCGGGCAGCUGUACGCCACAGGUGGACACGAUGGGCCCUUGGUGAGGAAGAGUGUCGAGGUUUACGAUCCUGGAACAAACACCUGGAAGCAGGUGGCAGACAUGAACAUGUGCCGGCGCAAUGCAGGGGUCUGUGCAGUGAAUGGGCUCCUGUAUGUGGUUGGAGGGGAUGAUGGAUCCUGUAACCUGGCUUCGGUGGAGUACUACAAUCCUGUCACUGACAAGUGGACGCUGCUGCCAAGCAACAUGAGCACAGGGCGGAGCUAUGCAGGUGUUGCUGUGAUUCACAAGCCCUUGUGACCCCAACUCCCACUGCCAGGAGGUGGAGGAAGGGAGGGGUGCUGCCUGUGACUCGGCACAGUGGGACCACGCUGGCUGGGUGCCACUCGCUGCCGGAGUCUGCAGAGGAGCGGGGACCGCCCUCCUCCAACUUGGCAGUGUCGUCAGGGUGGGAAGACAGUGACCCACCUCCUGCUCCCGCAAGGUGUUUCAUCUUCUGCCCUGAGCAGUGGGUUCCUGAUAGCUCCGGCUGCACCUUUGAGCGUUCUUUUGUGUGUUUCUACAGGGACAUCAGAGAACCUGGAACCUGUGUGUGUGUGUGUGUGUGUGUGUGUGUGUGUGUGUGCAGAAUGUGGUGAUUCACUAAAUUGGGGGGUGGUGAUGGUCUGCUCCAUUUCUAUACUACUGAUCCUUCCGCUAUGCUAAAAAUCCAAUCACAGAAACCUCUCUUAUGGAUUUGCCCCACGGGGACCUUGAGACUACUAGAGCUGCUGUCUACUGGAAGUGCAGUUGGACAUACCGGGAAUGUCCGGAAAUGACCAGGCCCAUGGACUGGCCUAGACUACUGGCAUUGUCUGCAGAAGAGUGGGGUGUUCUCGAAGCUGCCCCGUGUCCUCUGUGUGCUAGGACCACAGGUUCUCUAGCCCCUCAGCUGGGUGCUCUUCCUUGGGCUCUCCUCCUGGAACUUCUUAUCAGAACUGCCCAGUCUCUGGGCUACUGGUCUUUGAGGUCAAGGAUUCCAGGUUUGGGAGAUUUCGUGUCUCUUCAGCUGGGAAAACUAGCUCUUCAGAGAAGCACUGAGUAACACACUGGAGGGAAAAAAAAUACAUGAAAAACAAAAACACAAGAAAACAAAGUGGUAAGGCUUCAGUCCUUGUCCAUAGUGGUCCCAGAGAGGAUCCUACUUCUGGGUUUUCCUGGGAUAGGACAGUCCCUGUUUAUACUUAUUAUCCAGGUUUAAUUUUUCAGAGCAUCCCGUUUUACUCUCAAAAGUGUUCUGGUUUGGAGGCUAAGUAAAAGAUCACCAUACCUCCAAACCCAAAGAUAGGUUUGUCCCUGCACUGGAUGGGGUCAUGUGUGAUUUACAUGGCCAUGGAUGACUUCAAAGGGGUGUAUACUUGGCACCCUGGGCCUGGCCCUCGGCAGUCGGUCCAGUCUGUCUCACAUCCUUGUCUUCCUUUCCUUGUGCUCUCCCCCAUUCCAGGCCUUUACUCUCUCGCCAAUCCUCAGAGCAUCCCCCUCCUAGCUUCCCCUGUGAGGGAGGACGUGGUGGUGGGCCCUGAAUGUGUGAUCUCUCUCAGGAGUACUUGCAUUUUGAGAGAGGAGCUUGAUGAAAGCUUUGCUAAUUCACGGGUAAAAAUGAUUAAUGACAGAACUUCAGGCAUCCGGAGGAGGGAGGAGGGUAUUUGAGGGCUCAGGGAGUCAUGUGCAUUAAAAAAAAAAAAAAAGAACCUUAAAGCUGUACUGUUCCUGAACUAGCAAGUUGCUUGUGUUGGAAUUUCCAGCAUAAAGAGGGGAAGUCUUGUGUCUGCAGAAGAGUCUCACCACUUGGGGGCUGGAAUUUACCCUUCCUGAUGUCAAGGUCCACCUUUAGGGAGCCAAGGGGCUUUAUGAACUCUGAUGUUGGACUUCUCAUACAACUGGGCAACUUCCAAGCAGAUUUUGUAGGAGACUGUCAUUCUCCCCACUUCACCCUGAAGUUAUAAACCCAGGACUUUCCUCAGCGAGUUGGACACUUUGUGUAUUUACUGUAUAUUUAUUGUACGUGAACCACUCAACUCCCCUGAAGGGGAAACAUCUUCUGAUGUUGAGCAGAUGUUACUUCAGUGAGACAUUUGGGGAAUACCAAGGUACCCAGAAUUUUUAGUAACCUUGGGCAGAGGCUGAAAUAUCCAGCUUUGGUGGACCUGGAAGAACAGCUCCAAAGGGAUCAAGACAUGCUGUUAGCUGGUUUGUUCUGCUCUUACCUGGCACGGAGGUGACUGUGGUCUCAAAGCUCUGCCUGCCUCUGGAUCGGAAGCUGA